AUGUCUGAAUAUCCCGAGGACAACCAGCAAUUUAUGGACGGUCAAAACCCGGAAGAAGAGUUCAUUUCGAACCAAGAAGUGGACGAAGAAGUGCUGUUGGAUGACAACGACAAAGACGGCGACAUCCCUGUGGAUGAUGAAGACGACGAGCAAGAUGGCGAAGUAAAUGACGACGAGAACCUGGGAGAUGACGACGAAACUUUGGAAAUCGACAUGUCCAACAACUCUAUGGCAUAUUUCGACAAACAUACAGAUUCAGUGUUCACAGUUUUCACGCACCCCACGCUUCCACUGGUAUGUAGUGGCGGUGGCGACAAUUUGGCGUAUUUGUGGACUUCGCACUCGCAGCCUCCCAAAUUUGCAGGAUCUAUAACGCACACAGAGUCCGUCAUUGGCGGUGGGUUCACUGCAGACGGCCAAUUUCUAGUCACAGCUGACAUGAACGGCCAAAUAUUGGUUCAAAAAGCUGCAAACGGCGGGGCCAAGUGGAAAGAAUGCGCCAAGCUUCAGGAAGUGGAGGAAGUAGUGUGGAUCAAGAUCCAUCCUACGGUCUCGGGCGUUUUUGCCUUUGGCUCCACGGACGGCUCUGUAUGGUGCUACCAGAUAGACUCUAAAACCGGAGAGCUCGAACAAAUAAUGAGUCAAUUCGUGCACCAAGCCGACAGCACCAUGGGAGAAUUCAUCAACGUCGAACAAGGCGACUCCAACCUGUCGCUUGUAACGUGUUCCAUCGACGGCACGAUCAUCGGAUGGUCGUGCUAUACUGGCCAGCAGCUGUUUAAAGUUUCCAGAAGCGAAAUAAAGGGUAUCGAGGCCCCUUGGGUAUCUCUAUCGAUAGCCCCCCUAUCCAUGACCAAGAAUACGCCUGUCAUUGCCUGCGGCGCCAACAACGGUGUUUUGGCUAUCAUCAACUGCAACAACGGUGCCGUUUUGCAACUAAGCACCGUUGUGGAGCUCAAAGAAGACCAAGAAGAAAUGGACGCUUCGAUAGAAUCGAUCGCUUGGUCGCCAAAGCUGUCGCUAAUGGCCAUCGGUCUUGUGUGCGGGGAGGUCCUACUGUACGAUACAUUGACCUGGAGAGUCAGGCAUAAGUUUGUCCUACCAGAUUCCGCUACAAAGCUGCAAUUUGACGGGCCUACUGGUUACACCUUGAUAGUGGCGUGCAUUGACGGGAAAGUCUAUUUAUUCGACGCUAGAACUGGAUCGGAACUCCACAAAUGCGUGGGACACAACAUGGGCGUGUUGGACUUUGCAUUGAUCGAAAACGGCAGAAAACUGAUAACGGCGGGUGACGAAGGUGUGUCGCUGAUAUUCCAACUGCCUUAG